CGGUGGGAGUGAUGGUGAGAGGAGUUCAGAAAGAUUAUUUUAGUCAAAAGAUGUAACUUCCUGCUCAGGUCAUCAGGGAAGCUCUCAGCAACCACUGACAUCUUCACUGACAUCGCUAAGGGAUAGACAAGGUGGUGGACAUGUGGAAGUGAAUUAUUUAAAAGAAUGGAGACAGAAGCAGCUGAAAGUAAUCUGUACUUCACCUUUGGGGUGAUCGCCGACAUUCAAUAUGCAAAUGUACCGAAUGGCCUUAACUACUCAAGGACUAGAAAACGUUACUAUAGAAACAGUCUGUGUCUGUUGCGUGGUGCUAUCAAUGAGUGGAAUGAAGAGUGUGUCGCUCCCAAGUUUAUUCUGCAGCUUGGUGAUGUAAUUGACGGAUGCAAUUCCCAGAUAAAGGCCUCUGAAGAAGCUCUUGAAACAGUAAUUAAUGAUUUUACAAACUGUGUGGCUCCAGUGCAUCAUAUCUGGGGAAAUCACGAAUUUUACAACUUUGACAGGACACAAUUACAGCAAUCGGCUCUCAACAGCAAGCACCUGGAAGGUGACAUUGUUUCUGGCAACAUGUCUAGUUUCAAUGUUAAGCCUGAGAUUAACAAUGAUGAUUCUGAAGCAUUUUAUGGCUACCAUUUUAGUCCUUUUCCAAAGUUUCGAUUCAUAAUAACUGAUGCAUAUGAUCUUAGCAUUCAUGGAAGGAAAAAGAGCAGUAAAAAACACAAUGAUUCAGUUCAGAUACUGAAAUCAAACAACAAAAAUGAAGAUACCAAUAGUCCUAAAGGCCUUGCUGAACCGAAUUUACACUUUUUGGGAUUUAAUGGAGGUUUUAGUCAAGACCAACUUGAAUGGCUAAACAAUAUAUUAAAUUUCUCUGAUUGUAAUCAGGAAAAGGUUACCGUCAUUGGCCAUCUUCCUGUUCACCCAGACUCUACAGACCCAGUAUGUGUUGCCUGGAACUAUAAUGAGAUGCUUUCAAUGCUCCACACACACAGUAGUGUGAUAUGUUUUCUAGCAGGACAUGAUCAUGAUGGUGGCUACCACUUGGAUGACCACGGAAUUCAUCAUCUUACCUUUGAAGGUGUGAUUGAAACAUCACCAGAGAGUCAAGCAUUUGGUACUGUUUAUGUCUAUGAAGACAGAAUGAUCCUAAAGGGAAGGGGCAGGACUCCUAGUAGAGUUUUGCGGUACAGAGAAAAGAUAAAUUAAUGGAUUUGUGAAUUCAUGUAGAACAACAGAGAGACCUCUGCAACCUUUGUACAUCUGACAAUCAGUUGCAUAACAUUUGCCUUCGAUGGCUGCAAUUUUACCAACCAAAUACAAAUGCCCAGCACUGCAGGAGGAGUUGAGGACAUUCUCCAGAGGAAAUAUUCUGCAAAUGAGAGAAAGGGUCCUUGUAUUUCCAUGUUAUUAACUGAAAGGAAAACCUGUGUAUUUGCACCUUUUGUCAUUUCAGGAACAAUGGAAUCUGAAAUCAAUUCUAGGUGUUAUUCUGGAUUGUUCAAUGCAAUUAUUAUAUUACAUCAAAAAUGUGUUUUGGCCCAUGAAAUAUUUUCAGUGUAAUUUAGGAAACAGAAGAAUCAGAUUCCACCCAUUCAUUUCUCACAAGCAGCAAUGGGUUAAAGAUCAGCUGUUCUAUUAAUUUCUGAUGUUAAAGUUGGGCUAGAUAUUGGCUAGAAUACCUGAACCAACCAAUAUCUAGUAGUUUGCUUUGAAAAUGGUAACAUGGGUAAUUAGAAGAGAGGGAACUGGAAUUAA